AUGGCGCAAAAGCAGGUCAAAUUACCCUCUGCCCAUGGGCACACAGCUGGGAUAUUUGCGGACAUGUCCGUUGAUGGUCCCCAAAUCGGCACGUUGGUGGUCAUCUUUGACCGAGCGAAGAAUCUUCCAAAUCGAAAGACUAUAGGCAAACAGAACCCAUACGUUGCUGCACGCUUGGGAAAGGAAGCAAAAAAGACAGACACUGACAUGAGAGGCGGCCAAACUCCACGAUGGGACCAAGAAAUCCGGUAUACCGUUCACGAAUCUCCAGACUACCUUCAAUUAAAAGUAUCUGUCUUUAACGAUGACAAGAAGACAGACCUAAUUGGAGAGACGUGGGUGGAUCUUAGCUCGGUUAUCAUCCCUGGCGGAGGGCAGAGCGAUUCGUGGCACGAACUACGGUUCAAAAAUAAAUAUGCAGGUGAUAUUAGACUCGAGAUGACAUACUAUGAUACGCGUCCGGAAGAUGAAGCCGUCAUUGAGAGAAGGACUGUGGUGGCAGAGAAGCCGCAGACGAGGUCUAGCCACAAUGCUGCCAAUACUGCGCCUACUAGUUCGUCAUCACUCUCGGGACCGCGACAACCACGACCUAUCAAACGACGGCCCCUACCGGAUGACCCUACUGGGGCUUCUUCAUCGCGAGCACCUCCUGCUGCCCCUGCGAACCCUGUGGCUUCUGCGGCUACUAUGGCUCCUGUGGCUCCCGUGACUCCUGUGGCUCCUGUGGCUCCUGCGGCCCCUGUUGCCUCGAUAGCUCCUGCAGCGCCUAUUCAAGAUUUCCCAGCACCAGUGCUCUCCAAUACCCAGCCCCUUCAUCCGAGCCCAGAUCAUGCUCCGGUUCCAAACUCUCAUCGACAGAGUGAUGCUCGACCAUCCUCAAGACACGCCGACAUACCGUUACCUCGAGCAUCUCAGAUCAAUCAGUAUGAUUGUAACAUCUCUAAGGGAAAUAAUGUCGAUCCUGUCGAUCAGCGGGGUGACCCAUACAAUGCUCAAGCUCGCCCUUACCAUGACCCUAAUGAUGACUAUUAUGGAGAACCUCAACGUCAAAUGCAUCCUCCUAUUACAGAAAACUAUGGUAACCCCUACGAGCCCAAUGUCUAUCAGGCGAGAAGCUCUCAUGAAGGUGUUGAGCCGUACUCUCUAUAUUCAAACCAGCCGCGUCCCUCUUAUCCCGACGACACCCAUUACAGUGCGGAACCUACACCCUACGUACCAAACAGACACCCUUCUCAGGCGCCAUCUCAGGAAUAUGCUAAGAACACCCAAGGUGAUCCCUCGUACCCUGAAGAAGGUAGCCAUUAUCGAUAUAAUAACGCACUGAUUCAGUCGGACCCUCGCCGACAGAGUCCUUUGCGUCAACUCAUGGCACCAGAAGAUGAUCGGUUUGCAUACGCUUCUAUGCAGCCAACUGUGGAAGAUGAGAACGAUGAGGGUCUGCCACCCCCGCCUCCUGUUCACAGAACGACUGUAAACACCAACGUUCGCCCUUCAUCAUCAUCGGGUCCUCCUGGUUACAAACCUUACUCUCCACAAGAGUAUACGCCUCCUCAACCUGAUGUGCGUGAUUCACAUAGGUCUACAGUUGUAUCACCGGCGGAACAAGAUCUCGCGAUUUCAAUGUCAAGGCCCUCUCAAGCCCCAUCGAGAUCUUUCUACGCCGAACCAUCAAGCCCGGCGGUUCCUCCGAGCCUUGCUGCUGGCUAUAACGUGACCAAUGAACCAGUGAACAAUCAACAUGCACAAGCACCCGAACGCCAAUAUGACCACUUUCCUACUAAUAUGCCUUCACGGGAAGUUGCGACCCGUGUAUCAAACGUACCCCAACAGCCCCCAAUUUCUGCCAUCCAACCAUUACGUUCUUCUCCAGCACCGACAAUGGAUAGGGCUAGAUCAAUCAGCCCGAACCCACGUCCAUUAUCCUACAGAAAGUCUGUAAGCCCUCGUCCACCAUCAAGGGAUGAACGCGACGUGUCUAGCGUGCCCUUUUCUCCGGACUCGUUUGAUACCUACAACCCGAGACGGUCACCAUCUGCUACUCGAGAGAAUGGAUCGCUGUAUGCAACGCGCGAUCGGAACGUCGCAAGUGGUCAACCGCCCAAGGCAGACACAGAUGACAGUCCUAUUAUCGGUGAUGACGGACGAAUCAUUGAUCCUUCAGAUCAUCUACCAUCGGAGAGCUGGGCUCCUGAACCAGAGAAAAGAAACAAAAAGCCCGAAGUCAUUAUUCGCUUUAAACAUAACCCACAACAUUCCUCGCACGCUGCACGCUCAUCGCCACGGGAGCAACAGCAUCAUUCUGCUCCAACGACUCCAGAUGCUGUUAUUCGGAGCACAGCUAGACCUCGCAGCACUUACGUGUUACAACAACCGCGGCAGUCCUAUGAACGCCAUCAACGCACGGCGACAACAACUACGUACACCCCACCUCGGCCGUCCACUCGGGACUAUGACAGGCAUGAUACGUAUGCACAGCCACAACAAUAUCACGCACCAUCACCGGCAGCGUAUAGUACUCCACCGCGUCGGAGAUCAAUCUCCCCCAAUCCCCAGCCACGUUCUUCGCCGCUUUACUCCUACGGCGAUAGCGGACCCCCUAUUCCCGCUAAGGUUCCUAUUGCGGCUCCUGUCUCUAGUGGAUACAUGGGUGGCGGGAUGGACGCAUUGAGUCAGGAGAUGCAAUCGAUUGAUAUUGGUCCAGGAGGAUAUGACAGCAGUCGCAGUGUUAGGAGAUAUGCACCUCGCGUUUCAGUUACUGGGGGGCCUGGCUAUCGAUGAACUAUCACGGUGAAUUAUGAUCGUGGUCGGUUAUGUCACUAAAAAAUUCAAGGGGUGUUUGAAAUUAAA